CGCCCGCGCGGCGCCUUUAAGGCCUGGCCUACGUGGCAGCAGAGCCCAGCGGCGGCGCGGCCCGGCCCGGCGCUCCCUCGGCUCCUUCGCCCGCCCGCCCUUCCCGCCGCCGCUCCUUAGCGUGAGGCUGGGCUACAGGCGCUUAGCAGCCGGCAGCGUCCUCUGCUUUCCCCUCCCUUUCUUCUUCUCCUCUCUGCAGCCGCCAUGGGUCAGAACGACAUCAUGGGCACCGCUGAGGACUUCGCGGACCAGUUCCUGCGGGUGACCAAGCAGUACCUGCCCCACGUGGCGCGGCUGUGCCUGAUCAGCACCUUCCUGGAGGAUGGCAUCCGGAUGUGGUUCCAGUGGAGCGAGCAGAGGGACUACAUCGAUGGCACCUGGAACUGUGGCUACUUCCUGGCCUCCAUCUUUGUCUUCAUCAACCUCUUUGGACAGCUCAGUGGCUGCAUCCUGGUGCUGAGUAGGAACUUUGUGCAAUAUGCCUGCUUUGGACUGUUUGGAAUUAUAGCAUUACAGACUAUUGCAUACAGCAUUCUAUGGGACCUGAAGUUCCUGAUGAGGAACCUUGCCCUUGGGGGAGGCUUACUGCUGCUUCUGGCUGAGUCACGCUCCGAGGGGAAGAGCAUGUUUGCUGGGGUCCCCACCAUGAGGGAGAGCUCUCCAAAGCAGUACAUGCAGCUGGGGGGCCGUGUGCUGCUGGUCCUCAUGUUCAUGACACUACUGCAUUUUGACAUGAACUUCUUUUCUAUCCUGCAGAACAUCGUGGGCACAGCUCUGAUCAUCUUGGUGGCAAUUGGCUUCAAGACCAAGCUGGCUGCCUUGACUCUUGUCAUCUGGCUCUUUGGCAUCAACAUCUACUUCAAUGCUUUCUGGACCGUCCCAGCCUACAAGCCCAUGCACGACUUCCUCAAAUAUGAUUUCUUCCAGACCAUGUCUGUCAUUGGAGGCCUUCUCCUUGUGGUUGCACUGGGUCCUGGUGGAGUCUCCAUGGAUGAGAAGAAAAAAGAGUGGUAACAGGAAUAGCAACACUUCUUGGGACAUAACCUAUUAAGUCCAGAACUGAUUCUCUAUGGAUUCAACAAAAGCUGCCAGCAUUUGACACGUACAUGCCCCCUUCCUAUCAAAGGCACAGAUGUUCUGAAUUUGAUUGCCAGUGGCACCAGUAAUAUGAUAGUUAAAAGUCCUCUUUUCUUCAAGGAAUGUUGCCUAGGCUUAUUCUAACUUCCUAGAUUUUGGAACUAACCCAAGGAACCUGCAGUUUGCUGCUGCCUUAGUGAGCUGCAGUUAGGAGAGUUGCUGGCUUUUAAGGUCAGCAGUGGUUUAAAUUGGAGAUACUGUGAGCAGAUACAGCUGCAUCUCUCUCUGUGUGCUCUUGGGGUCUAGCUAGAACUCAAAAACCAAACCAAGUGCAUCAUCCCCUUCCUCACCCUCCUGCAGAAGGAGCUCUGUGGCAUAGCAUUGCUUAGCCAGGUGGAAAGCAGCAUCACACACAACAAAUCACUGUUAUUUUGCUGCUCAGAAACCUCUCAUGUUUUUCUUUAAGAGGAGGAAAGGUCUUUUCCUGCCUCCAAAUAGAAGGCAAAAAGAAAACCCUGACAGCAGUUGUACCUCCUCUCUAGGUAAGAAAAGGGAGAGGGGUUUUAACAUGUCCCAGUUCUGCUCUUGAGGGCAAACAAGGGAGAACUUAGGAUUGCUAAUCAGGAGUCCUGUGUGGCUAAUGAUGUUUCAAGAAACAAAUGGGAGGAGAUAGUCCUAAAGAGACAGAAUGUUCAAUUCUGUCAGAAUUCUGUGCCAAAAGAACUCUUUAUUCAGCAUUCUUUCCCCAGUGUUGCCCCUCCUGAAUUCCCAAGAAGGGAGCCAAGAUGUGCUGUAGGUUCCAUAAUAAAUGCUCCUUUCUGUUAACCAGCUCUCAUCCAUCUGUCCCCCAGAUUGCUGUCUGAGCUGCAGGUUAUUGGUGAAAGCCUCUUCAGAACUACAGAAGCUCCCUUUUAUUUCCCCCCCCAGCUCAGUCCAUGCAAGUCAAUCUACUAAUCUGUAGUCUUUUUUGCUUCUUAGAUUCACUUCUGUCAGCCUCUCUGCUGGCCCAGCCCCAGCUGGCUGGACAGUGAGAGGAGUGGGUGCUGUACUCCUGAGUGCAGCCCCUUCCCUCUGCCCUCUCAGACCAGCUGGAGGUGUGCAGGGAGGAAAGGUGGAGGUCAGCCCCGUGCUGCCCCUUCUCAUCUCUGCAAGCAAGUGGUUGUGGCUGAGGAAAGAAGAGCAAAGCCUGUGCAGUGAGUGAGCAGCCAGGGAUGCAGCUUGCCUGUGCUGAGGAGCAAAUCCUCAGCAGGGUGGUGAGGAGAGCUGAAGGCUUCUUUUUCACCUCUUGGGGCCGUGCCCACGCUUAGUGCUGCUCAGAGGGGACACUUUGUCCUCUGCUACUCACCAGGUGAACUCUCUUCCACUAGAUGAUGAAAGCAUGAGCCCUGCCAGCCUGCCCUUGGCUCCUUGCACUGUUGCCUUCUCUCUUGAGAAAGCUGCUCAGCUCUUGCUCCAAGGAGUAAUUCAGCUGCAGAGCAGGAGCUGGUGCCCAGGGUCUCCUGCUGAGGACACUAACCUGGCCAGUUCAGCUGAACCAGUUGCUUUUUAGGAGAGAAAUCAUGCUGAAAGAGCUGCUGAGGAAUACAAGAGCACUCUUGACCAUGAAACCAGUUCAACCAGGGAUUGCAUCCAGGGAAGGGGCAGAUGGUCUGGGUAGUAGCAAGGUGUGCUGCUGCUGCUGAAGGAAACCAGUUGGUGUGUUGGGGUGGAAGCACUGCAGGUCAUAGAAAGUUUUGGUUGAAGUGGGGUUUGAAGGAGAAGGUUUCACCUUGUGUUCACUGUGCCUCUGACGGAACUGACCCCUCGAGUUAGGGAUGUGCAGCACAAGGUGCUGAGCUCCAUCUCACUGCAGCUUCCAGGCAGAGCCAUUCUCAGAUCCCUGCUGCUGCUGGUGUUCACUAUUUAUAAAUGGAAUUAUGGAAACAAGCCCUUAAUUGGACUUUUUCCCCCCCUCAACUUCUUUGUGUCCUAAGGAGCUGGAUGCUGGAGUAGGCUGAAAGCCUCUCAGUUUUCUCUGUGAAAAUCACCUAAAGAACCCAGAAAAGGAACUGAUCCUGUCCCUUGCAGCAGCAACAGCGCUGAGGGGGACAGAGGUAGGUGGAGGGCAUUACAUGUCACAGGCAGCCCAAGAUGCAGACUUAGUGCUGCGAGUCCUGAGGUGGAAGGUUCUGGUUUCCUACGUACACUGCUGUAUUUGUGCAUCUCCCCACCACAGAGCAACCUCUUCCCUCGUGGCUGAGAAGCUCUCCCAAGCAGGAUGUCAGCUACCAAUUGGCUCUGCAAAGUGUUCUGGAAUUCAUUCUCAAGAUUUUAUUAUUUUUAUUCUUUUUUUUGCUUUCUAUGUGGAGAGAAAAAGAAAAAAACCAAGUCAAGGAAAAAGUCUAAAUUCUCCUUUUAUGCUGUAUUUUGUACCUUAGUUGUGUUUGAAGAUGUUCUGAUUUUUUUUGGAAACAAUCAAAAUAAAACAAUGGCAUCUUUGUAUCCA